GUCCGUCCAGUACGACGUGGCUCAAGUCAUCCGGGUCCUGAAGGCGCGAAUCCGCGGCUCCACGGCGGACGCGUCGAGCAUGACCAGCUACCUGCGGAGGGAGGAAGGGGUUCCGGUGGGCGCUGUGGGGUCUGAGGGGAAUCCUGAGACAUAUCGGUCAUGGAAAACAGCAACACGGGAGGCUGUGAGAGCCGCCUCAGACUCCCCAGACGAAGCGUUUGCAUGGGUCAUGAGGGCAUACGACCAAGAUGCCAAUCAUCAGACUCUCCGUGAUCCCGGUAAGUUCUUAACCCUUGACACAAAGCUUUUGGCUGCGCUAACAAAGAUAGCGCGAGGAGAGCUUGCCAGGGAAGUGCUAAUCUUCAAGGAGACCGAAGCAUCAAAUCAUCGGGCAGUGCGCGGAAGGCAGGUGCUGUACCUCUUCGAUCAAUACUUCAAGACAAACGAAGAGGUGGGAUCGCUUUACUCGGUCGAGGACUUGUUGAAGGUUCGUCUUCUGAACGACGAUCUCAGCACGUUUGCAGGGGGGGCAGGGCCUGCCUUGGGCUUGAAUUAA